AUGCCUACAAGGGUUAUCGACAUAGGCAACGAAGGUGACCGUCCAAGACUCAUUGUCACUGGCCCCGACAUGAAGGAGGAACUUGUUGCCUUGUCUUAUUGCUGGGGCCCUGCUACAGACACCUUCACUCUCAAUAACCACACAAUGAAUGAAAUGCUGAAGGGUAUCGAUGAGUCUCGACUCGUGGCGGCACAUCGUGAUACAUUAGGUCUUUCGCGACAGCUGGGCUUCCGAUAUAUCUGGAUUGAUGCUCUGUGCAUUAUUCAAGGUGACAAGCAAGAUUGGGAACGCGAGUCGAAACUCAUGGCUCGGGUGUAUGGCAAUGCAGCCCUCGCCAUCAUCGCAGGAAGAUCCGCCGAUGCUCGGAACUCCUUCAUCACCAAUCAAUACAAACAACUUGCGCCUUGCUGCGAGUUUCCCCUUGCUGAUAGUGGAUCAGGGACCGUUCGUGUUGGUCUGCUCAGGUCUAGAGACUAUGGGAUCACUCAAACUCGCGGAUGGUGUUGUCAGGAAAUAAGGCUGAGCCGUAGCGUUGUCGUCUUCGGUGUAGAGCAACUCGUCUUCAUUUGCCGAAAUGCCUGCUACUCAGAGGACUAUAUUUACCACAAAGGCAGCACGGUAUCGCUCUAUGGACUCCUCAAUGCUACUGAUGGAGAUCCACAGCUGAGAAAGGAUCGACUACUGGAGUAUUGGGAUGUUGUUGUUGUGGACUUUUCCAAACGUCAGUUGUCUAACCCUCACGAUGUCUUUGCUGCCCUUGCAUCUAUCGCAGCGCCAAUAUCCGAAGCUUUGGGGUCAAGGUAUCUGGCUGGAAUGUGGGAGUGCGAUCUCAUCCGCUGUUUGCUGUGGCGGCCAGGGUACAGAGUGACGAAAUCACUCGGCUCGGCAACGAGACCUAAGCCAACUAGAUUCGCACCCGCCCCUGUGAUCAGGGCUCCAUCUUGGUCUUGGGCUGCCAUCCAAGGUACUGUUAUGCCUGUACUACUUAGGCAAUUUCGAAGGAUGAAGAUAAAGGAUCAGAGUGGGGUCUUGUUGGCAAGGCCCAAGCAGCAAGGUUCCGACAUCUGGACGGUAGACACUUGCUGUGGAGCUGAUAAACUCCAUAUGCCGUCCUGUGCGUUACAGAUCUUGGGGCAUGUCCAAGAGGCUGUUGUCCUUCCCGAAACCCCGUCUCUCGAUCUCCUCGACUCUAUACGACGGCAGUUUCAGAAGCCAAAAGCCACUUUUCGCUAA